UCCUGUAUCUACAGAGGGAGUGUAUCUCAGUGCACAUUGGUCAAGCAGGAGUCCAGAUGGGUAAUUCCUGCUGGGAGUUGUAUUGCCUGGAGCAUGGCAUCCAGCCUGAUGGGAUGAUCAGUUCUGGCAACACCUGCUUGGUUGAUUCUUCUUUUGGUACUUUCUUCAGUGACACUGGAGCUGGAAAAUAUGUUCCACGAGCUGUUUUCAUUGACCUGGAGCCAACAGUUGUAGAUGAGAUCAGGAAUGGACAUUAUCGUCAACUUUACCACCCAGAGCAGCUAAUCAGUGGCAAAGAGGAUGCUGCCAACAACUAUGCCCGUGGCCACUACACCAUUGGCAAAGAGAUUGUCGACUCUGUCCUUGAUCGGAUUCGAAAAAUGGCUGACCAGUGUACGGGUCUGCAGGGAUUCCUGAUCUUCCACAGCUUUGGAGGUGGGACAGGUUCUGGCUUCACCUCUCUGUUGAUGGAACGCCUAUCUGUUGACUAUGGCAAAAAAUCAAAGCUGGAGUUCUCCGUUUACCCUGCUCCCCAGGUUUCCACUGCAGUAGUAGAGCCUUACAACUCUAUCUUGACCACUCACACCACCCUCGAGCACUCUGAUUGCUCAUUCAUGGUGGACAACGAGGCCAUCUUUGACAUUUGCAAGCGUAAUCUGGACAUAGACCGUCCGUCCUACAGCAACCUGAACAGACUAAUUGCGCAGAUAGUUUCUUCCAUCACCGCUUCUUUGCGAUUUGAUGGUGCUCUCAAUGUGGAUCUGACUGAGUUCCAGACCAAUUUGGUUCCGUACCCUCGUAUCCAUUUCCCACUGGUUACCUACUCCCCUAUUAUAUCUGCUGAGAAAGCCUACCAUGAGCAGCUGUCUGUGGCCGAGAUCUCUAAUGCUUGCUUUGAGCCAGCCAACCAGAUGGUGAAAUGUGACCCUCGUCGUGGCAAAUACAUGGCCUGUUGCUUGCUCUAUCGUGGAGACGUGGUACCUAAAGAUGUCAAUGCUGCUAUUGCCAGCAUCAAGACCCGUCGCUCGAUCCAGUUUGUGGACUGGUGUCCCACCGGUUUCAAGGUGGGAAUCAACUACCAGCCUCCCACUGUAGUACCUGGGGGAGAUCUGGCCAAGGUCCAAAGGGCUGUAUGCAUGCUGAGUAACACUACUGCAAUUGCGGAAGCCUGGAGUCGCUUGGAUCACAAGUUUGACCUGAUGUAUGCCAAGAGGGCAUUUGUGCACUGGUAUGUUGGUGAGGGAAUGGAAGAAGGUGAGUUCUCUGAGGCCAGAGAGGACAUGGCUGCCUUGGAAAAGGAUUAUGAGGAGGUUGGAGCAGAUUCUGCUGAAGAUGGUGAGGAAGAUGUAGAGGAGGAGUACUAGAAUUGUUCUUCUGUAAUGGAGGCUUUUUGUACAGUUGAAUGAAUGAAUGAAUAAAUGACAAUUAGCAUGUAGUCCGUGUUCUUGAUUUCAGUAGUUGAUUGAGGAGGUGGCAUGCAUAUUUAAAACUGGUGUGGGACCGUCUAAAAUGAAGUUUCAUCAAUUUCAAGUGUGUACGUCAUGGAUGCUUUGACAUGUUGAAAGAUCAUGUCAUCUUUCUAGCACAUUAACGAACCAUUGUACAAUUGUGAUCAGUAUUUACGAUGAACCCAAAGCUAAGGAUGAGCCAAAAUGAGCAUGAUUUUUGAUAUUAGAAAUGUUUACUUAAAAAGCCAGCCGUGCAACCUACAAACCAUACAUGACAAUCCAACAUAUUGAUCAUGUCCUAAUUUCUGUCAUGUAGGGUUAGCUAUUUAUUUAUUUUGGCUAUAUUCAAAUGAAAAUAUGCAUGUUUACUAAGUACUAUAAGAUUACUUAAGAAGUGCAUGCUAUUGGCAUCUAGGGUUGUGCUAAGGUCCUCAAAUGUAGCAUUUGAUUUCUUAGAACAGCUA